CGCUGACUGUGUGACUGGGAUUUUCGGUAUGAACGCUGCAGAAUCCGUAGCUGGGGAAGCUACCUGUGCGAACGGCUUUGCGUUGUGUCAACAUCCCAUUGUAGGAAUGGGGGGCUAAAACGCCUAAGAAUAAAGAAACAGUUGAACAAGUCAAGAUGGUAUCCUGGAUGAUCUCUCGAAUAGUGGUGCUGGCUUUCGGGACGCUGUACCCAGCCUACUCCUCGUACAAAGCCGUGAAGACGAAGAACGUGAAGGAGUAUGUGAAGUGGAUGAUGUACUGGAUAGUUUUUGCCUUCUUCACCACGGCGGAGACGCUCACAGACAUCAUCCUCUCCUGGUUCCCAUUCUACUUUGAGCUGAAGAUCGCCUUUGUCAUCUGGUUGCUGUCCCCCUACACCAAGGGCUCCAGCCUCCUCUACCGCAAGUUCGUCCACCCCACGCUGUCCAAGAGAGAGCCGGAGAUCGAUGAGUACCUGACUCAGGCCCGGGAUCGCAGCUACGCCACCAUGAUGCGUUUUGGGAAGAGGGGUCUGAACCUCGCUGCUACCGCUGCCGUUACCGCCGCCAGCAAGAGUCAGGACGUCCUGUCUGAGAAGCUGCGCAGUUUCAGCAUGCAGGACCUGACCCUGAUCCACGACGAGGAGGGCCUGCGUCUGCACAGCGCAGACCCCCGCCUGCGCAGCCCUGCAGCCGGCCUGCAGGACCCUGCCGAGGACGGGGGCCCCGCGCCGAGGGCCAGGAGCGUGCCACGCCCAGCUCGCACCCCGACCGCCACUGCUGCUGCCCCCGACGAAUCACAGCACAGCUCCAAGUCUGACACUGACCAAUCGGAGGCCAGGAUGGAGCAGUCUGACGAGGACGCUGCAGAGAAGCUCCCCAAACGCACAGCGAGCGUCCGAGCCAAGAAACCUGCACCUGCAAAGACAGAGACUCAAAGUAAAACUGUAAAGAAACCACCAAAGAAGAAAACCACCACUGUGGCCUCCAGCCCUACAGAGACAGCCUGACUGAGCCUGCUGUACCCUUACGCUAGUGCGCUGUCUGCCUGUGUGUGCUCUGUCUCUCUCACACACACACACACCCUCACACACUCACACACACACACACACCCUCACACACACACACACACACACACACACCCUUACUGGUUUAACUUUGAUAAUGCAGUUCCAUCUUCAGAAUGCCCCACUGUUCCAAAAUGGUUACUAUGUCUGCUAGUUUAAUUUUCCUCUCCAUGUUUACACAUCUGCUUGUGUGUGCGUGUGCGUGUGUAAGAUGCACCACACACCUGUUGAUGAUGAUUGUCCUUAAACCCCCACAGACGGCACAUGUUAUUACCAGGCCAGCACACACUGCUGUUACUAGGGCCAGUGUGCAGAACAGCCUCGUUCCUAAAGCCGAGUUUGGAGCCAGCGUUUUUCGCAUCAGCUUGCUUUCUGAAUUGGGGCAGCGUGUUUUUAACGGGUAGAGGGACAGUGGGGGGAGGGGGGACAGUGACCAAUAUCUUUGGAGCAAAAUGGGACAGAUACCAUGGGAUGAGAAGAGAGGACGGAGGGAUGGUGAGAGAGGGAGAGAGUGGAAGGGA